AAGUACGAAUGGAAAAAGUCGAAGAGAAUAACGAAAAACAAGCAAGGUUGAACGAAACGAUGAUUACAAUACGUUCGCGGCUGUUGGAGAUAAAGAACACAGGAAAACAAGUGAAAAUGACAGCAACAGUAGAGGGGGAAAAACAUUCGAAACUACACCCACAAAACAAGUCACAAGAGAUGCAAUAUAAACUAGUUUUGAUCUAUACUCCAUGGUUUGGAAUUAUGCCAUGGCCACAAUUGAAGAACACGUAUAAUUUCACUCAUUUUAAUGGCAAAUCCUGCAAGGAAUCAAGAUGUAGACUGACAUAUGAUAAAAAGGAUCUGGCAAGAAGCGACGCGGUAAUGUUUCAUGGAACAGACUUACCAAGCGUAAAUACAAUGAAAGAGAUGUCACGAAACAGAAGUUUGAAUCAAAGAUGGGUUUUCUUCAUUCACGAAAAUCCUUACUAUACUUUUAUUAAUACAAACAUGUAUAACGGUUUCUUCAACUGGACRAUGACUUACCGAAGAGAUUCGGAUAUUUUCGCACCUUAUAGAUAUUACACACCAUUGGAUUCAACUGAGACGUCAAUCAACAAGAAGCAAAGGAACUAUGCUCAAGGCAAAGACAAGUUUAUAGCGUGGAUGGUUAGUAACUGUGGAAAACUUAGAGACAAAGUAACAGCAAAACUCCUUAAAUAUGUCAACGUUACGGUGUUUGGGCCGUGUGGGAAGCAUUUUAACCAAACUAAUCGUUGUAAUAGAAAAACACGCGAUUGUGAGAAACUUUUAAAAAGAUUCAAGUUUUAUUUAUCCUUCGAGAAUAGGAACUGUAUUGAUUACGUCACUGAGAAGUACUGGUACACUUCUUUUAAUCAUGACAUGGUCCCUAUCGUAUUAGGGCCUCUAAAGUACGAUUCAAAAAUUGCAAUUCCAGACUCGUACAUCAAUGUCAUGGACUUCCCUUCUUUGAAAGAUUUAGCGAGUUACUUGAAAUACUUGGAUAAGAACGAUACAGCGUACAAUGAGUAUUUUCAGUGGAAACGCAAGUAUAAGUUAGGAAAUAUGAAUCCUUGGAAAUGCCAGAUGUGUGCUGAUCUCCAUAACCCUAAUCUCCCCCCCAAAGUGUAUGACGAUUUGGGUAGUUACUGGGAUAAAAAGAAAUCUUGUGAGAAGUAUGAAGAAGAAGUCCGUAAACUAUUACAAAGAUAGUCACCGACAGUCAUGCUAUGUAUUGCAAACCAUCUAUUGUACUGGGCCCGGUACGAAGAGUGAAAAGCGCGCGCUAUCCGAAGGAUAAAUCUUAUCCAGUGGAUUAACGUAUUGGAUAACUGCGUCGACUUAUCCACUGGGUAAGGAUUUAUCCAUCGGAUAGGGCUAUCCACCCUUUGCUUCAACCGGGCCCUGCUGUUUAAUUUUGGGAAAACAAAUAAUUUGUUGAUUUUUUUAUGAGUAGUUUGUUUCGGCUUGUCUUUUAUAAGCAAUUCUUGCCAUAAAACCUUGUUCACUGAGGUUAUUUUAUUCUAUUGACGUCAUAAAAAAAUUUGUUAUGAGCUCAAUACUACAGCAAGAAAUGACGUCACUGCAAAACUGAGUUGUCACAUAGUUUAACUAUGGUUGUCAUGAAGAUUGCAGCGAAAAAUAAAAACAUGCCCGUCAU